AUGGAAGAGACGGUUGGAUUGGCGGGCAGAGGUGGACAUCUGUAUCCUUCGCCCCCAAUGCAACCUAAUCCAGAAGUGAGAGAGAUGACUGGAAUGGCUCCUACUGCUCCAACAAGUGCAGAUGCUUGUUUAAGCAUAGUACAUUCACUAAUGUGUCACCGUCAAGGUGGAGAAAGCGAAGGAUUCAGCAAAAGAGCCAUAGAAUCUUUAGUAAAAAAACUUAAGGAAAAACGAGAUGAAUUAGAUAGCUUAAUAACUGCUAUCACUACAAAUGGAGCACAUCCCAGCAAGUGCGUUACAAUACAGAGAACUCUUGAUGGUAGGCUACAAGUUGCUGGUCGUAAGGGUUUUCCACAUGUUAUUUACGCACGAAUCUGGAGAUGGCCAGAUUUACAUAAAAAUGAAUUAAAACAUGUCAAAUACUGUCAGUUUGCUUUCGACUUAAAGUGUGAUUCUGUAUGUGUAAAUCCAUAUCACUAUGAGAGAGUUGUAUCUCCUGGCAUAGAUCCGUUCUUUACAGACCUGUCUGGGCUGACUUUGCAAUCAGGAGUGGGUGUUGGACCAGGUGGUAGAUUGGUCAAAGAUGAGUACUCUGUUGGUGGUGGAGGAACUACAGCAGCUGGAGCAGUAGGAACUACAAUGGAUGUUGAUGAAGAAAUGAAUCAGACCAUUCAGCAUCAUCCCCCUGCUCAAUCCAAUUCAUCUAAUAACACUCAAUCAUCUCAACAAACUUUUAUACCAGGCCUAGCACCAUCUAAUCCAACUAGUGGUGAGGGUAUAUUUGGCAGUAAUGUGGGAGAGAAUAAUGGUGGUAACCCUCAUAAUAAACUGGACGACAGUAAUUGUCCCAGACAAACCUGGAUUCCUACACCUCAUCGUCCUACAACACGUAACAUUCAUCAUUCAGUAGUUCAUCCAAUGAGUCACACCGUAGGUAGCCAACAACAGUCAUCGACUACAUCUAGUGGAGGAAAUGGCACACAAAUGCUGAAUCCUUCGCAAGGACAGUCUACUGAAGCUUUCUAUGGAACUAACACUCCACCUCAAGACCUUAAUCAGUCCCCAAGUGUUGAUGCAUUAGCAGUAACUUUAGGUAACGGCCAGAACUCGCCUGUAUCAUCUGUACAUAUUCAUCAUCCAAAUGGAUUUCCAAUAGGUACAACUGCUUAUAAUUCGGGGGCACCGCAGUGGACUGGAGCUAAUACUCUUACAUAUACUCAGAGCAUGCAACCUCCAGAUCAUAGACACCUUCAUCCUACUUCUUAUUGGGUUGGUCACAGUGGUGAUGUAGGUGGAAACAUUGGUGGUUUACUUUCUACACAGCCAGCACCCGAAUAUUGGUGUUCUGUUGGUUAUUUUGAAUUAGAUACUCAAGUAGGUGAAACAUUUAAAGUAAGCAGUGGUUGUCCUACCGUCACAGUCGAUGGAUAUGUCGAUCCCAGCGGUGGUAAUAGAUUUUGUUUAGGAGCCUUGAGUAAUGUACACAGAACAGAACAAAGUGAAAAAGCACGACUUCACAUAGGAAAAGGUGUCGUGCUGGACUUAAGAGGGGAAGGAGACGUUUGGUUAAGAUGCCAAAGCGAACAUAGUGUCUUUGUACAAUCCUACUAUUUAGACAGAGAAGCAGGUCGUGCACCUGGUGAUGCGGUACAUAAAAUUUAUCCCUCUGCUUGUAUUAAAGUUUUCGAUUUACGACAGUGUCACAAGCAAAUGAGAGGGCAGGCCGCUACUGCUCAAGCUGCAGCCGCGGCACAAGCUGCUGCUGUGGCAGGACAUUUAACACACGGAGCACCAAUUACUAAAAGUUUAAGUGCGGCAGCUGGUAUAGGCGUAGAUGAUCUCCGACGACUCUGCAUUUUACGUUUAAGUUUUGUUAAAGGUUGGGGUCCUGAUUAUCCUCGGCAAAGUAUAAAAGAAACUCCGUGCUGGAUAGAGGUACACUUACAUAGAGCCCUUCAGUUACUAGAUGAAGUCUUACACACUAUGCCAAUAGAUGGCCCACGGGGAAUCGAGUAA